AUGGACGAAGUACUAGGCAAAGAUGGAAAAAUGCAAGAAUCAGAUAUCGCAAAAUUACCAUACGUACAAUCAAUAUUGAAAGAAGUAAUGAGACUUUACCCACCAGCUCCGUUUCUAAUACCUCAUAAAGCCGAACAGGAUGUGCCAUUAGGCGGCUAUUUGGUGCCCAAGAACUCAACUAUAUGGGUCAACGUAUACUCAAUUGGUCAUGAUCCUAGAGUAUGGCAAGAUCCAGAAAUAUUUUCACCAGAAAGAUUUCUCGAAACAAACGUUGAUUUUAAAGGACAAGAUUUCGAACUUUUACCCUUUGGAUCGGGGAGAAGAAUAUGCCCUGGAAUACCACUAGCCCAUAGAAUGGUGCAAAUGAUGUUGGGCGUUCUUCUUCAUUCAUUCAAUUGGAAGUAUGCUCAUGGGACGAAUCCAAAAGACAUAGAUAUGGAAGAAAAGUUUGGAAUUGCAUUGCAAAAAGCUGAGCCACUUCAAGCUAUUCCACUUCCUAGGUGA